AUGAAUUUAUUCUAAAUAUAAAAAAAAACUGUGAUGAAUGUUGUAUAAGGGAAAGUUACAGACAAGGUAUAUUUAUUAUAAGUAAUCUCUUUGUUUUAUAUAAAAAAUUUUUAGACGUGCGUGCGUGGAAUUUAAAAUUGCUUUAGUUAUUACAAGUGUAAUAUAUUUCGUUGUAACGAAAAACGUAAAAAGGACUAAAACAAUUUUAAAUCCUUCUCCCACAACAAAGCUUUCUGUGACCAUAUUUUGAAAGAUUUAUAUCUCUUUUGUAUAUAUAAACAAAUUUAUUUGUAAAUAUGUAUAAAUAUAAAUUGCGUUGUAAGAAGUACGAAUGAAUUUAAUGAAGAAAUUCGUCUAACAAGCGUAUAUCCUUACGCCUUAUCAAUCUCUUGGCGAAGGAGAACGCGUGUCGGCCCUAUACCAGUGUUUUCCAAAGCGAGUAGGCUCCCGCGGUUCAAUGAAUCUCGGAGGUAAUAACUGGGUCCGUAAACGCUAUCUCUGUUUUAUCAGCUUCGAUAAGACUGAGUCAUUUAGUCACCACGAUACGCUGUAUCGUGCUGCAUCGUGUUGUAUGCCCAAUUACCACUGAUGUAAAUAUCAUUGCGCGUUUGUACCCUCCAGUUGUGCUGAAUGACAACGAUGAUUGAGCGUGGACUACGCUCGCUGCGCACACGAUCGCUCGCCUAGCUCGGCGAGCUGCUCCGUCCGUCUGAGAACUUAGUUUGCCGCUUCCUUCGGUCGAACAAACACGUCCUUCAGUCGGUUUAACAAUUAAUCAGCCGAGGAACAAAGAAGAUAUUCCAGCCACAGCUUUAGUCACCGUUUCAAACGCCCUUCCUCUCGCUCUCUUUCUCUCUCUUCGCCGUGCAGGGGACAUACAUUUCUCUUUUUCAUCGACCCGGCUUCCCCCUUAAUAACUCGCGGCUAUUUUUGCGCGCCGUGCACCGCGGCGGCAUGGAGUACAACGACACGCUGCUUAUCCCAGGCCAGCAUAUACGUCCGCCCGUAACCGAGGAAACGGCGGUCGCCCUGCUGGAGCGGCUCUACGGCAUGAGGGCGACGAGCGUGCGCGAACUGAACGCUUACGACGACCGCAAUUACCACGUGGUGUGCGACGGGCCGCCCGCGAAUCCGCACGCGAUCAAUCUGGAGAAGACCGGCUAUGUUCUCAAGGUGAUCAACUCCCUGGACUCCCGCAAGACCGACGUGAUCGAGGCGCAGACGGAGCUAAUGAUUUUCCUCAAUCAGCGAGACGUCUGCUGCCCGUUACCGGUCAAGAACGUGAACGGCGCGUACUUUUCUCUGGAGACUCUGAAAAGCGAGAAUACCAUGGAGAAGUAUGCAGUGAGACUGUUGGUCUAUCGUUCCGGUGAACUGCUGUAUCACGUAAAAAUAACUGAUGAAUUGUUGCGCAAGAUUGGCAGUUUCACCGCCAGAAUCGACGAGAUCCUCACGGGCUUCAAUCAUCCCGCCUACGACGAUCACAAAUCACUGUGGAUGUUGACCUCGGUGCCGCGAGUACAGCAGUUCACGUACGCGAUUAAGAGCUCGUUGGAUAAGCAGCUGGUGCACGACGUGAUCGUCAGCUUUCAGCGGGAGGUAUUGCCGAUCAUGGAUCAGCUGGAACAAACGGUUAUACACGGCGAUCUGAAUGAGCACAACAUCAUCGUGAGCCCCGACGGCAAGGAUAUUGUCGCCGUGAUCGAUUUCGGUGACUCUCACAGGACUUGUCGCGUUUUCGAGCUAGCUAUAGUUCUCUGCUACAUGAUCCUGCAAACGGCCGACGUAGGAAUGGGUAGACACGUCGUGGAGGGUUACGAGAGGAUCAAGAAGCUGACCGACGUGGAGAAGAAGACCCUCAAGAUCAGCGUAUGCGCCAGGAUAUGUCAGAGUCUGGUGAUGGGCGCUUACUCGUACCUGCACGAUCCCGAAAAUCAGUAUUUGCUGAGCACGCAAAAAACCGGGUGGAUGUUACUAAAGAGGCUGUGGCCCAUGAGUCAAGGGGACGUGAUGCAAGCUUGGGGAUUGACUAAUUCCCUAAACGAGUAAUAUUGAUGGAUUUGCCGAAUUAAGCAACGGCAAAUAACACAGAUUACUCGCUGUUUGACUAUAUAUUUUUGUAUAAAGGUAGAGUUGAGAGAUA